AUGGGACUAUUGAUCAUCAUAGCCGGGAUUUUCCUCAUCGUUUCGGGAUUAGCAGCCGGCAGUAAAAUCUGCAAUCGUGCCAUAUCAGGCGUGGUUCAGUGGCUUCUCCUAAAGAAAUAUCCAAUUCGCCAUCUGGAAAGAGGGACAGCUCUUCCAUCCUGUCCAUUUAUCUGGCCGAAUGGGCAAGGCGACAUAGGAAAGUUCCUAGAUGGCAUCGAAAAUAGUGAGCAAUGGGGAAGCCGAUAUGGUAGCAUUUAUCGAAUCUGGUCUGGGAUGAAGCCCGAAAUCGUCUUGACAAAGCCUGAACAUAUCAAGGUUGUGUUCAAAGAUUCCGAUAGGCACUUCAAAGCUGUCAACAAUAAUUCGGGAUACCUCAUGGGUCGAGUACUAGGCAAAUGUCUGGGGCUUGUCAGUGGCCAGGAGUGGAAGGACCUGCGAGCUGUGAGUGGCACGGCCUUUUCACGCAUUAAUGUCACUAGUCAUGUGGACUUGAUCCAAAUCCGCGUGAAAGACUAUUUUCGGAACCUCGAAAGAAGAGGAAAACUGAACGACGGUUUCAUCGACCCAGUUCAUGACCUCAAGAUGCUUCCCUUCUUCACUGUCGCAGACGUAAUCUAUGGUCGAUUGUCUCCAGAAAUGGAAAAAGAACUGCAAUACCUGGCCCCUAUUCAUGAAAGACUAUUCACCCACAUCAUCCAAGGGGGCCUCAGCCGUUUCGAGAUUUCCAGAUUUUUGCCAACAAAAGCCAACCAGACGCUAAGCGAAUUUCAAGCCAAAUGGAAGAUGUUCAAUCAUAUGGCGUACCAACGGGCCUGUGAUCUGUCCCUGACUGAAACCCCAAUAUUCCAACUGUACGAUGCCCUCCACAAGGGAGUUGUUGACGAAGAGCAUGUUUAUCAGACUAUGGACGAGGCGCUGUAUGCCAAUCUCGACGUGACAAUGGGGGGCCUGUCUUGGAACCUUGUCUUUCUGGCAUCUGACCAGCAAGUGCAGAGCCAGCUACGAGAAGAGAUUAAGCAAGCACGCCGAGAGAACAAUGAGCAGCAAUAUCUUCUCAGCUCCACCACUUUUCUAUCUGCUUGCAUUUCCGAGUCCUCGCGUCUGAAACCUCUGGCUGCCUUUUCGGUACCGCAAUCAGCUCCCACCGACCGAAUAAUCGAUGGGUACGUCAUUCCAGCUGGCACCAACUUCGUGGUUGAUUCAUACUCGCUCAACAUCAGAAAUGGCUUCUGGGGCCCUGAUGCAACGGAAUAUCGACCUAAUCGAUUUCAGACAGUAAAUAGCACUGACGCCCGCUACAACUUUUGGAGAUUCGGGUUUGGACCACGGCAAUGCAUGGGACGUUAUGUGGCAGAUAUAAUCAUUCGUGCUUUGAUUUUAGAGUUGAUUGACAAGUGGGAAUUGCAUCUACCUAAAGAAUUGGUGGGUAAGAGUUGGGGGCGUGAUGAGGAGACGUGGAUUACCCAUCCGCAGAUGAACCUGAUUUGCGUUCCUAACCUGCCGGAUGAGAAGAUUGAGAUUUAG